AUGUCUGUCUGUUGCGCAACUUGGUAUGAUUGCCCAGGCUGCAGCGAGGACGGUGUCGCAUCCUUCAUCUACUGGGACGCAUGGGUCAAGCGGGACGUCCCUGUGGAGGAUAUCCGGCGCGAGAUCGAGUUGCUCGAUUUGGAACCUAAGAAGGGCGACACCGUGGUCGUGUGGGUCGGCUCGAACUUCAUCAACGCUGCGCGCCGGACGGGCGUCCUCUUCGACACGAUUGACAAGAUGCACGAGAUGGGAGUGCAUUUGGUGUGGGACUCGCCGACGUUCCACGACAUCGCCCUCAUGUCAGCGGCGUCCCCUCGCGAUGAGGGUCGCGACCCGACCAACUCUUUGCCUAUUUCGUACUCCACCAUGGCCAGGAGAAAGACGCAGGGUUUGCUGGGGUCCAACCAGUACAAAAGCGAGAAGGCACUCUUCAAGUCGGGAGUCGAGAUCCCAAUGACGAAGCGCUGGCAGCUCACAAACCGCUACCGUGGUCUCCAGUGUGACGGCAUGCACACCGACAUGCGUGCAAGGGAUCCGCUGUUCUACAACGCGGAUUGUCCGUUGGGCAAGCAGACGUACGGCGUGAGCAACAACGGCUGCAAUUGGGUGGAGCCUUUCAAGGCCGGUUUGGCCGAUUUGUGCCCGUUGGCUACAGGCGUCGAUGACCUCGUCCUCCAGAGCGGCCUCUACUCCGUGUGCGCCGCACACGAGCGCCCGUUCUGCUACCAGCACACCGAGACGAUCCGCUGA